GGGGGCAAAGAGGAAGCUCAGUGGAGCAUAGCCGGAAAGCAACUUGUGAUUUCAGAUAGCCUGCCAAAAUGAUUUCUUCAAAGCCCAGACUUGUGGUACCCUAUGGCCUCAAGACUCUACUCGAGGGACUUAGCAGAGCCAUUCUCAAAACCAACCCAUCAAACAUCACCCAGUUUGCUGCAGUUUAUUUUAAAGAACUUAUUUUAUAUAGAGAAGGAAACACUCCCAUGGAUGUAAAAGAACUGGUUAAGCAGUUUCACCAGAUUAAAGUUGAGAAGUGGUCAGAAGGAACGGUAGCAGAGAAGAAACAAGAAGUUGUGAAAGAACCAGAAAGACCAGCUUCAAUUUCUCCCGAACCUGUCAUUACACGGAUGGAAAAAUCUACAGACACCCAGGAGGAUAAUAUAACUGGACCACUAUUUAGCAGCAAAACCACCCAGUUUCCAUCAGUGCAUGCUGAACUCCUGAAGUCGGUGGAUGUCUCUGAAGUCUGUUCUGAUGCAUCUACCAAACCACCCACUCCUAAGGCUGCCACCCCGCCCCAGUCACCAGCAUCAGAAGCUGUCCCGCAAGAAUUUGCCUAUGUCCCAGCUGACCCAGCUCAGUUUGCUGCCCAGAUGUUAGGUAACAUUCCAUCUGUUCAUUCCGAGCAAUCUGACGUUUUAAUGGUGGAUGUGGCCACAAGUAUACCUGUUUUUUCUGAGGAGGUGCUGAGAGUAGAGGCUUCUGAAGACAAUGUGGUGCCUUGUCCCGUUGCGUAUUCUGGAGAGGUGGCAGAAAUACAGGCUGUGAGCCAAACAUCUGUCCAUGUACAUACAAGUCCUAGCCCCAAAGACCAUCAGCCCAAACGACCAACCAAGGCUUCCUCAACCCCCUUGCAGGAUGAACAAGAACCUCCUGCUUAUGACCAAGCUCCUGAGGUCCCUUUUCAGGCUGAUAUUGAGGUUACAUCAACCCUUCACAUAGCAUCUCUCUAUAAUGAUGUGCCUGUGACUGAAGGAGUGGCUUAUGUCGAGCAAAUGCCAGAACAAAUUGUUAUCCCUUUCACUGACCAAGUGGCUCACCUUAAAGAACCUGAGCAGUCACCACCAGCUACUCCACCUGUAGCAUCCAAGACAGCCUCGGGCAUGUCAGCCAAAGCUGUCGAGGCUGAACCACCUGUAGAGGUGGAGGACAAAAAGCGCAGGUCCUCAGUACACGUGGAGGCAGAAGGAACCAUUCUGCUCUCUGACUCCUCUUUGAAAGAGCUGCAAGAGGUGGCAGCACACACUCGGCACAGAGAGGGCUCUGUCCAGCCACAGGGGUCUCAGAAAUCCCUCAUCCUUGAGAUGAAGGUCAAUGCUGUAAUCCCCAACAGUACUGGGCAGGAUGAGAUCUGGGAAAACACUGCUUCCCUGGAGAUGGAGGUCCAACCCUUGCCCUCUGAGGGACCUGCCAAAGACGUGCCCUCAGGCACCUCUGUUAGGUCAUCUAGUGGGCCCCCUCAUCCUGCUCCCGAAGGUCUUACAGAACCAGACACCGAAGCAGAAGGGGACGCAGCACCCGAACAAGGUUUGGUGGAGCCAGCCAUAGCAGCAAGCGAAGCAGGACAACCACCACCAUAUUCUAACAUGUGGACCCUUUAUUGUCUAACUGAUAUGAAUCAACAAAGUCGCCCAUCGCCACCACCUGCGCCUGGGCCUUUCCCCAAAGCAGCCCUCUAUUUACCUAACCCCAAGGAUCCGCAGUUCCUGCAGCAUCCACCGAAAGUCACUUCUCCGGCUUACGUGAUGAUGGACGACAGCAAGAAGAGCAGUGCCCCGCCUUUUAUCCUAGUCGGCUCCAAUGUGCAGGAAGCACAGGAUUGGAAGCCUGUUCCGGGACAUGCCGUUGUUUCCCAGGCAGACGCCUUGAAGAGAUUUGCUGCAGUCCAAGUGCCCAUUGCUGUUCCCGCAGAGCAGAAAUUCCAGAAACAUAGCCCCAACCCCCAGAAUGCUAAUUUGCCUACGAGUGGACCAGAUGGCCCCCGACCACAAAGCCCAGUGUAUCUUUCUGUUGCUUUCCCAGUAGAAGAUGUAGCUAAAAAGAGUUCAGGAUCUGGUGACAAUCGUACUCCCUAUGGGAGUUACGGUAUUGCCGGGGAAAUUACCGUGACGACCGCCCAAGUGCGCAGAGCAGAAACAUAAAGCCGAUGCCGAAAAUGCCAACUGAGUCGACAUUCCAGGUGGAGUCUCCAGGCAAGCAUAAUAUUUCAAUAAACUUCAUGCAAGC